AUGAUAUUUGCUGCAAAGCGGACAACCACGUGGACAUUAGGUGAAAAAUGGAAAAAUAAUCGUGUAGGUCUUGGUGAAUUAAAUGAAGAAGCGCUGGAGAGUGCCAACAAAGAUGUGCGAAACUUUCAAGAGUUCUUGUGGAGGAAUGAUCCUGUAAUAAAUUAUAUUGUACAAAGUUCAUGUACAAAAAAAAGAAGUAAAUCAAAAGAAAAAACCGUCCUUACAUCUGCCAACGAAGACGAUACAUUGUUCCAAAACGUGAUACAAGCAGAAGAAUAA